AUGUUCUUUAAAUAGCUGAAUUAUAUUUCAUAAUUGAUUAAAAGCUAGAUAAGAGAGAAGAGUGCAAUUAAUUUAAGUGUUCGGAUUAAUAGCUUAGGGGGUUUCAACUAUAUUCAAAGUUAAGAGUCAUAUUAAUUAAUUAUUGAAUCAAUCAAUCCAUAAAAUAUACCAAAAAAAUAACCUUAGGUCACAUUUAUCUUGGAUACAGUAUCUAUAAUCUUGGAAAAAUCUAAUGUGGAUUCAUCCUCUAUGAUGUCCAUAGUAAUCUAAAAGGGAACUUAAUUAUGCUUUGGAUAGUUUAGGCUUUUUUUUUUGAAAAUGAAUUCUAAUGGCUAUAUUAGAAGGGAACUCCCUUUGAGUACUGUUAAUCAACCGCUGAUAGAACGAGGAGCAUAUAUGAUUCCCUAUUUGUGUAAUAUUUGAUAUGAAAUAUUAUAGUAUUCAAAAGCUAAAUAAAGAUUUUGAGUUAAUAUAUCUAUAAUACUUUUAAUUGCAUAAGAAAAACAUGAGAGAAGAUAAAGGGAAAAGAAAUAUCAAGAUUCAUUUAUUGUGGGUAUGGCUUAGAGGAUGAAACUACGGUGGGCUAUACUCAUUCUAAUACACUGA